AUGUUUCAAAGGCUGUUGGGCCAAGGACCAGACCCAAGGACCACAACCACGGACCACACCCAAGGACCACAACCACGGACCACUUCCAAGGACCACAACCACGGACCACACCCAAGGACCACACCCAAGGACCACAACCACGGACCACACCCAAGGACCACAACCACGGACCACACCCAAGGACCACACCCAAGGACCACAACCACGGACCACACCCAAGGACCACAACCACGGACCACUCCCAAGGACCACAACCACGGACCACACCCAAGGACCACAACCACGGACCACACCCAAGGACCACAACCAAGGACCACAACCAAGGACCACAACCAAAGACCACAACCAAGGACCACAACCAAGAACCACACCCAAGGACCACAACCAAGGACCACCCACAAGGACCACAACCAAAGACCACAACCAAGGACCACAACCAAGGACCACAACCAAGAACCACACCCAAGGACCACAACCAAGGACCACCCCGAAGUACCACAACCAAGAACCACACCCAAGGACCACAACCAAGGACCACACCCAAGGACCACCACCAAGUACCACACCCAAGGACCACCACCAAGUACCACACCCAAGGACCACCACCAAGGACCACACCCAAGGACCACCACCAAGGACCACCACCAAGGACCACCACCAAGAACCACAACCAAGAACCAGGAGCAUAAUGCUGCCAAGUACAAAAGCUCUGUGGCCGAAGAGGUAGAUUUUUCAACAGUAUUAGCAGUGAUCUCGCGUGAGAGUGAAAGAGUCGGCGCGGAGGCUGCAUCUUCCCCCCGCCCACCCAUCUCCCAGCAGCCUGGCAUCCUCGUCAAUGAUACAUGUUGCAACGGGUGA